CUUUUUGUGCAUGUUUCUGUGUUAGUGGACCGAGGCUAGCUGGGCUUCAUGUGCAGGUUAGUAGUACUAAUUUACAAACUCACGAGUAUGGCGGCUUAAAUAACACUUUUAACCUCUUGUUGAAACUUGUACCGCCAUCUGUCCAUUUUGUUUUUGAGUGAUUUAACUCAGCAGUUCCACGAGUCGUUGCCAUCUCAACAGCUUAGUUUUAACCUGCCUCAGCAAGGUAGCAGCUAAUGCUAGCCUCCACAUAAUCGUCCACACGCGAUCGUCUGAAACUUUGUAUAUAUUUACGUAGUGUAUGUACAAGGGCACACCUCGGCUGUAACGUUAGUACCUUUUAAUAAGCAGACAGAUACGAGUUUGUUUCUAUUGAGCGCAAACAUGUCCGGAGCUAACGUGAACAGAGGACAAGCUAGCGCGGCUAGCGAGCUCCACAACCAAGAGAAUAUGCUGUCAAGACUGAGAGGCUCGCUGAAACCCAGAGCUGCUGCAAACGAGAACCAGGAGAACCUUCCACCGAAACACGCAGCCGGCAGCAGAACCGUGCUGGGAGCUCUGCAGAACAACCAGCGGAGCAAAGCCCAGAACCAGCGCGGCACCAAACAGGAGUCGUCACAGUCCUUGUCCUGCAAAAAUGAAGACUUGGGCAAAAACUGCUCGGAAAAGCCCCCCACAAAGCUGUCCACUUUCCUGAUCCAUGUGGACGAGCCCGAUGGAGCCUGCAUCAAGAAGCCACAGCCGGUGGUCGAUGCCGUCAAAGCAAAGUCCAUCCCUGAAACGAUUAAUACUGCGGCACGGCUCCGACAGCCCUUGGCCCCCAUUGAUAUGCCAGCAGCAAUGGAUCUCAGCUUUGACUCGCCCAUGGACAUGUCUGUGGUUGAGGGGGAGGAGAAACCGGUCGAUGUAAACGAGGUCCCAGAGUAUGCUGUGGAAAUUCACACGUACCUGAGGGACAUGGAGGUAAAAACCAGACCCAAAGCAGGCUACAUGAAGAAGCAGCCUGACAUCACAAACAGCAUGAGGGCCAUCCUGGUGGACUGGCUCGUCGAGGUUGGAGAAGAGUACAAGCUCCAGAAUGAGACGCUUUAUCUGGCCGUAAACUACAUCGAUCGCUUCCUCUCCUCCAUGUCGGUCCUGAGGGGGAAACUUCAGCUGGUUGGGACUGCUGCCAUGCUGUUGGCUUCGAAAUUUGAGGAGAUCUAUCCCCCGGAGGUGGCAGAGUUUGUGUACAUAACAGACGACACUUACACAAAGAAGCAAGUGUUAAGAAUGGAGCAUCUGGUGCUUAAAGUGCUCUCCUUUGAUCUGGCAGCACCAACCAUCACCCAGUUUCUCACCCAGUACUUCCUUCACCAUUCAGUUAACAAACAGGUGGAGAGCCUGGCAAUGUACCUUGGGGAGCUCAGUCUGGUUGAUUCAGACCCCUUCUUGAAGUACCUCCCAUCACAUACGGCUGCUGCAGCCUACAUGCUGGCAAACCACAUCGUGACUGGUGGCUCAUGGCCCAAGUCCAUGACAGAGAAGACUGGCUACUCACUCGAAGAUCUGAUGCCGUGCGUUGAGGAUCUGCACCAAACUUUCCUCGGUGCUGCGCAGCACGCCCAGCAGUCUGUUCGGGAGAAGUACAAGGGCCCCAAAUACUCAGAAGUUUCCCUCAUCGAUGCUCCAACUAAAUUGCUGCUGAACUAAAUUGCUGCUGAACUAACUUUCCCUCGUCCAUGUAGAGUUUUGUACCCUGUCAGUUUUAUCUUUUGUAUUUUUUUUUUUAAUAAUGUUUUUCAGAAUUUAAAUGACAUGGCCUGCUCUUCUUGGAGUAGCGCUCUAUGUUUAGAGUUUUUAAAGUAUUUUUAUAUACUCAAUCCUUACAUUCAUACCAGACGCUACUCUUGGGUAAUCAAGCAGUUUUACCUUUAAUCGCAGACAAAAUGUAAAAUUCUUUGAUCUAGUGUCAAACUCCAAUAGACCUGUGUACUAAAACCGAACUGUUCAACUUUUUUUUUUAAAGGUUGAGUUGAUUGCAGUUAAUGUUGCUGGUUCAUCUUGAGAGGGGCAACCGUUAGGGCCUCAUGGGAUGCACAUUAAAGUACAUUUUGUCUGUAAUGGAGUCAGCUGUCUAAUUACAUUGGUGUCUUGGAAUUUGACACCUUUUUCAAGGCACCAUCUGCACUGUAAAAUAUGGCUCUUGUAAAUAAAAUUCAUUUAAAGUAA